CUCUAGUGUUCUCUAUGAAUUUCCCAUGAUGCUUCCUAGGCAGGAUGCAGAUGGGCUUGUGUCUUUGCUUGAAAAUGUUGGUGCGUCUGAAACCUUGACAUGGAAAGAAUACACUGCAGGGAGACUUCCUCCUGAGAGACAAAAUGAGCCAGUGAUUGGAUGCUGUCAGCUGUCAGUCACGAUGCAGAGGCGGGCCUGGAGGCCAUCCAUCAGAGACCUUAGAGGAACUGUCCAAUCAGUGCGCACAGGGCUUUUCUUCCUCAGCGACUGGGCUACUCCUUCUCUGGCGCCUGACUUCUCUUGUCAGGGAAACCCGUGACUCUCACUCCCUGUGAACCCCGCGAUCUUGGGUGAUGGGCGGUUCCUCAGAGGACGCCGGGUCACCACGGAAGCCUAAAAUGAUCUCAGUGGCCUUGGAGGAUGUGGCUGUGAACUUCACCCAGGAGGAGUGGGCUUUGCUGGAUCCUUCCCAGAAGAGCCUUUACAGAGAUGUGAUGCUGGAGGUCCUCAGAAACCUGGAUUCUAUAGAAAACAGGUGGGAAGACAAGACCACUGAAUAUCAGAUUGAAAACUCUGGAAGCAAUGUAAGGCAGAUCACAUCUCACUCUGGACACAAACACUACAAGCAUGAGGAAUGUGAAGAGAAGCCAUGUGAAUUGAAACAAUAUAGGAAAUCUCUGGUUUCUCUCAAAAGCGUUCACACACAAAUGUUAAUACAAAGGGUAGAUGGAUCUUAUGAAAGUACAGUAUGUGGGAAAGUCAUCAGUUGUUCCAAUGACAUUGAGAGACAUGAAGAAACUCAUACUUGGGGGCAACCCGAUAAAUGGCAACAAUGUGGUGAAGCCUCUUCUUAUCCCACCAGUGUUCAAAGACACAUGAUAACACACAGUGGAGGUAAAUUUUUCCAAUGUGACACAUGUGAAAAAGCCUUUCUUUUCUCCUCUUUAUUUAGAAGACAUGAAAGAACUCAUUCUGGAGAGAAACUCUAUGAAUGUCAACAAGGUGUUCAGACCUGUAUUUCACAGACAAGUCUUCAAAGGCACAGGAUCACACACACAGGGGAUGCACAUUUCAAAAGUAAGAUAUGUGGGAAAGACUCCGCUUACCCAAGUUUACUUAGAAUACAUCAGAGAAUGCAUAUUGGUGAGAAGCCCUAUGAAUGUAAGCAGCGUGGCAAAGCCUUUGCUAUGUCCAGUAACCUUCAGAUUCAUGCAAAUGUACAUACUGGAAAGAAGACCUAUGAAUGUGAGCAGUGUGGCAAAGCCUUUGCUAGAUCUCGUGACCUUCAAACACAUGAAAGAACACAUACUGGAGAGAAGCCCUAUGAAUGUAAGCAGUGUGGCAAAGCCUUUUCUUCAUCCAGUUACCUUCCAAUUCAUGGGAGAACACAUACUGGAGAGAAGCCCUAUGAAUGUAAGCAGUGUGGCAAAGCCUUUUCUACAUCCAGUUCCUUUCAGAUUCAUGGAAGAACACAUACUGGAGAGAAGCCGUAUGAAUGUAAGCAGUGUGGCAAAGCCUUUACUACAUCCAGUCAUCUUCACUCACAUGAACAAACUCAUACUGGGGAGAAGCCCUAUGUGUGUAAGCAGUGUGGAAAAGCCUUCACUCAUUUCUCUGGCCUUCACACACAUAAAAAAAUUCAUACUGGGGUGAAGCCUUAUGCAUGUAAGCAGUGUGGCAAAGCCUUCGCUCGUUCCCCUGACCUUCACUUACAUAAAAGAAUUCAUACUGGAGAGAGGCCUUACGCAUGUGAGCAGUGUGGGAAAGCCUUUGCUACAUCCAGUAAGCUUCAAAGACAUAGAAGAACACAUACGGGGGAGAAGCCCUAUGAAUGUAAGCAGUGUGGCAAUUUCUUUGCUAGUUCCAGUUACCUUCCCACUUUAAAAACUCAUACUGGAGAAAAGCCCUAUGAGUGUGAGCAAUGUGGCAAAGCCUUUGCUAGUUCCAGUGACCUUCAAAGACAUGGGAGAACACAUAUUGGAGAGAAGCUCUAUGGUUGUAAACAAUGUGGAAAAGCCUUUGUUACUUCUGCUCAGCUUCACUUACAUGAAGGAACCCAUAGUGAAAAGAAAUCGUACUCAUGAAACUAAUUGGCAAAGUCUUCUGUUAAUAAUGUUUCACUCUUUAACAUGUAGUAAGUUUUCUGUAGAAAAAUUCUUUGAAUGUGAAAUGUGGUAAAUCAAUAUUUCUUGUCAAAUUCAAAGAGAAGAGAGUGCUCACAUGUCCAAAUGUAUCUAUCUACCUACCUACCUACCUACCUACCUACUUACCUACCUACCUACCUACCUAUAAAUAGUACUGGGGAUUUAGUUUGGGGGUCAUCUAUCACUGAGCCACAACGUUUUUCCUUUUUAUUUUGAGAGAGGGACUUGCUGAGUUCCUUAGGGCCUUGCUUAGGUGCUGAGUUUGGCUUCACAUUUGUGAUCCUUCUGCCUCAGACCCCAAGUCUCCGAGAUUAAAGGCAAACUCUACUAGAUCCAACUGAAUAAAGCAUUAAAUGUGAAGAAUUUGGAAAAUCAUUCCAUUUUUCCUGUUGCCUUCAAAGUCAUUUCACUCACACUGGAAAACAAACCCUCAGAAUGAGGAAGAUUGGGUACAUUCUGUCAGCUUCCCAUCCCAGUCUGCUUUCCUUCUCAUAUAUGACAAUACAGAGAGAAGCCCUGAGAAUGUGAUUAAUGUGGGAAGUCUUCUAAUUUUCCCAGUUUUUUACAAGUUCUGGGAAGACUCUUCUGGAAAGAUUCAUGCCAAAAUGAAUAAAUCAUAUGCAAGUAAGUGUU